GCGACCUUCUCUAGCUACAUCUAGCUCUCUUUGCUCCUCUCUCCAUCUCUUUCAGAACUGAAAAGCACUUGAUCUGUUUAGUUGCUAGAAAAUGUUGUCAAAAAAAGCAAGCUGCGACUCUCAUGGCCAAGACUCGUCCUACUUCCUGGGGUGGGAAGCAUACGAGAAGAACCCUUACCAUCAAGUUCAUAAUCCCACCGGAAUCAUCCAGAUGGGACUUGCAGAGAAUCAGCUUUCGUUUGACCUAGUUGAGUCAUGGCUUGCAAGCAACCCAGACGCGGCGGGGCUCAAAAGAAACGGAGAAUCCAUCUUCCGAGAGCUCGCUCUCUUUCAAGACUAUCACGGCUUGCCGGCUUUCAAGAAAGUAUUGGUAGAAAUGAUGGCAAAAAUGAGAGGCAACAAAGUGAAGUUGGAGGCAAAAAACCUGGUACUCACCGCCGGUGCCACCUCUGCCAAUGAGACUCUUAUGUUUUGCCUCGCCGAUCCUGGCGAAGCCUUCCUCCUUCCCACUCCAUACUAUCCAGGAUUUGAUAGAGAUCUCAAAUGGCGUACCGGAGCCGAGAUUGUUCCGAUACAAUGCACAAGUGCAAACGGCUUCAAAAUCACUGCCUCCGCACUAGAAGAAGCAUACGAACGUGCCCAAAAAUUCGACCUAAAAGUCAAGGGGGUAUUGAUCACCAAUCCUUCAAACCCUCUCGGCACCGCCAUGACUGUGGCUGAGCUCAACCACAUCAUCGACUUCGUCGUCGAAAAAGACAUUCACAUAAUAAGCGACGAGAUAUAUUCAGGCACCGUAUUCAACUCUCCAAGCUUCGUGAGCAUUCUAGAAGCUCUGAUGCAGCGAAACCUAGAAAACACUGAACUGUGGAACCGUGUCCACAUUGUUUACUCUCUCUCAAAGGACCUCGGCCUCCCCGGAUUCCGAGUUGGCAUGAUCUACUCCAACAAUACUGCGGUUGUUUCCGCCGCAACUAAAAUGUCGAGCUUUGGUCUCAUCUCUUCUCAAACUCAGUACUUACUAUCCCAAAUGUUGUCGGACAAGAAAUUUACAAGAAAGUACAUGAGCGAGAACAAGAAGAGGCUCCUUAAGAGGAAGGAAAUGCUCGUUUCCGGGCUGAAAAGCUCCGGCAUCUCGUGUUUGGAAAGCAAUGCCGGGCUGUUCUGUUGGGUGGACAUGAGGCACCUGUUGAGAGCUAACACUUUUGAAGCUGAGAAGGAGCUUUGGGAAAAAGUGGUUUGUGAAGUUGGGUUGAACAUCUCACCCGGGUCCUCUUGCCACUGCACUGAACCGGGUUGGUUCAGAAUGUGCUUUGCUAACAUGUCUGAAGAAACCCUUAGGGUUGCAAUGCACCGGAUCAAGGUCAGGCUUGUUGAUGUUCAUCGCUCCCGGGCCGCCAUGGUUAAACCGGCGAGGUUAUCGACCAAGUGGGUUCUGCAACUAGCUUCAAACAACCGUCGACCAGACCGUUAAAACUCAAGAGAGACUCGGAUAAUCGAUAUAUUCAUUUAUUAUAUAUUUAUUUUUUUUGGUCAUCUUUCUAAUCGUCACUAAGAGUCGAUCAGUUUGUAUUAACUAUUCAUUGUUGGUGUGGUACUUUU